UCUUCUCGCCUUCUCCUCCGCCUCCCCGAUUAUUCGCUGCCGUCUCCUCCCUUCCCUCGCCACAAAACCCUAGCAAUGGCCGUGCGGGGAUUCCGUGGGGUGAGGGACGAUCUCUCCGAGCUCGGACGCCAAUUCCUCGACAUAGCCUGCUUCCUCUCCCCUCUCCUCACCCCGGCCCACCACGACUCACCGCCGCCGUCCCCUCGCCCCUCCUCCUCACCUUCACCUCCGCCAUCUCGCGCGGAGAUCAGCGGUGGCUUCCGCAGCGGACUCUCCCGCCUCUCCGGUGCGUUGCGUGUCCUAGCGGACCGAGAUAGGGCAUUGGGUGAUUUGGAGGUGGGGUCGAGUGACGUCGGGGUUUCGGAGGAUGUUCUCGAGUUCGUAGAUGAUCUCGUCAAGUGCCCCGAGUCGUGGCUGGAGUUUCCGGUGCCUAUAGACGGCGAGUUUGAUAUGUCUCACACUCAAAGAGAGCACAUUUCAACUGUUCAACACUUUAAGCCUAGUUUACAAUCUCUUCGACUUAGACUUUGUACCACCCACUUGAGUGAGGAUUCUUUCUGGAAGAUAUACUUCGCUCUAUUGCAUCCCAAGCUGAACAAGCAUGAUUCUGAAUUGCUAUCUACUUGUCAGAUUGUGGAUUCAAUGCGCAUAAAGGCAAAAGAAAUAAGCAACAGGGAGGCAACACAAUCUCAUGUCCCAGAUUCACAAAGUUCGGCUCUGUCAGCAACAGAUAAAUCAGUCAGUAUCCAGCAAGAGCAUGGCGAUGCAUGGCAAGAUACAACGAUGGUCAAGACACAGUCACAACAAAGCAUCGAUCGGUGGUCCGAGGUCUCUGGUGGAGCUGAUGGAGCAACGACGUUUCAUCCUGAUGGCAUUUCGUUUGGUAACAAGGGAAAUGCCUUGGUGAUGGAGAAAUACAUGGAUUCUCUCUUCCCCAAAGAACAGGGGCAUCUACCUCCUUACCUGAGGAGGAAACAUAUUUCCACAGAUGAGGAAAACGUGAGGUAUCGAAAAGGAUCAAAAUUGAAGGUGUCCUCCGACGAGGAGUCUAGCGAUUGGCAAGCUGUUGAAGACUCAGAUUUUGAAGUCCUUGAGAAAUAACCUCUGCAGACUGCAGCCUCCACCAUCUAACAUGAAGUUUCUUUUCUAUAUUCUCGUUGUAAAUAACAUUUGGCAAAGCUCUUCAUGUCUCAGACAAUCUACGUAUUUAUAAUGCCUGUAAAUUUCUGUAAUUAUUUAUGGCCAUCAGGUGGAAUCAUUUAACUACAAGUAA